GCCUCAGGAGGAUGCAGCCGACGUUUUGGGACACAGCUUUAGUGCCAGUCAGGACAAGAAACCAAACAAAUCUCUCAUUUACCUAAAAAUGUACUAGUCCAGUGACCCUGAAAGGCAUUUUAAGUUUAAAGGCAAGCUCUGUUGUAUUGUUUUAAGGCAGAUAUUUCCAUGAUUUUAAGUGUUUACAUUUGGCCUAGAUAUGUUAUAUGUUCGGUUAUCAUAUCGAUAUGUGGAACAAAGACUUGACAUGGUUAAACAAGAUACAGGAGUGAUUCUGUUACCUUUUUUUCAUAACUAAGAUAUAAUUAUUGUGGUCAUGAGCUACGUACUUCAGCGCUGUACUGCUUCUUAAUUAUAGAAUGCUUAUUUUUCAGUUCAGGAUUGUUAGGAAUUUUAAAAAUGCACAUUCAACACUUUGGAUUGAGUAAACAAAUAAUAAAAGCCAAUGGCAGUACUUCAAUACCAGUUCUUGUUACCCAUCCUGUGUGAGAGGUAAAGGAGUGAAGGAGAGCCAGAAUUGUCUGUACUGUUUCUGAUGUGGAUUAGAUAUCAUUCAUAUUUAGUGUUUUCAAGGUGCAAACUGCUGAAUUGACUUGCAUGACUUUCAAAAUUGCAAGUAUGCUUUACCACACAUCUUAUCUAACAUGUUCCUCAUUAACAUUAUGUAUGUAGACAUGGUAAUACAUGUCCUUUUUAAUUUUAUUUUAAAGCCCUCGGCAAGUCUUAAUCAAGAGGGGGAGACCUCAGUGUCAGAUCUUUCAUUUGAGCUACCAACAUCAUCUGAGAGCAUGGAAAUAAUUAUUGAUGUUGAUGCUGAUACUGACAUCGAUAUAAUCACUCCUGAAAGUUCAUACUCUGAUGCUGCUGACCCAGAUGUGCCAUCACUCAAACGAACUGACAGCAUAUUUCUUACCAGUGAAUACCUGCAGUCAAUCUCCAAGGUGGCUGACACACCAGAAGCUUCUGGAAGUUGUAUUGAAAGCACUGAUGAUGAAUAUAUUCCAUCAAAAGACUCAGGGAAUGAAAGCAGUUCAGAGGGAUUUGACAGUCCUGCAAAAAGGGUCCCAUUGUUGAAAAUUAAGAAAACAAAGAAGUCACAAAAGACUUCCAGAAGAAAAACACUUCCAAGUACAUCUUCGGGUAAGGACCAUGAGACAGUAGAAAGUGAAAGCUCUCAACCUAACCAGGGAAAUAUUUUUGUGAUGAAGCUGCAAAAAAAGAAAGAUGGGGCUAGAGUAUACAGUAAAAAGCAUCACUGCUUAUACUGUCCACAGGAGUGCCAUAAAAUGGCAAGGCACUUAAUACGCAAGCACAGCAGUGAACUGGCUGUAGCAGAAGCAAUCAGUUUUCCUUCGAAAUCAAAGGAGCGCAAACUACAUUUUGACCUCAUUAGAAACAAGGGGAACCGUGCACAUAAUAUUGAGGUUCUGAAAGCUGGCUCUGGGACACUAAUCCCAAGUCAGCAAACUAAAAAACCAGUGAAGCCAAAUGACUACAUGCACUGCGUUAACUGCCAGGCACUGCUGAAAAGACAUUCAUUAUGGAGACAUAUUUCAAGAUGCAAGCUUUCACAGAAGUGCAGCACAGCAAAACCAGGCAAAAGUCGGAUCCAGUCACUUUGUGCCUUUGCACAGCCUGUCCCAGAUGGUGUCAGCAGAAAGGUUUGGGAACUGGUCAGUGCUAUGCAUCAGGAUGAAGUCAGAAACAUCAUCAGAGAGGAGAAAAGUAUCUUGAGACUAGGAGAACACUUGUAUUCAAAACAUGGACAUGACAAGACCAAACAUGAGUACAUCAGACAAAAAAUGCGAGAAAUAGGACGAUUACUUCUGCGCUCACGGGAAGCAGGGACACUGAAAAAAAUGGAGGAUUUCUAUGUACCUUCAAAUUUCAAGUUUGUGGUUGAAGCAGUGAAGGAUGUGGCUGGCUUUGAUGAAGACAAAAACAUCUACAGAGCUCCAUCAUUGGCUCUGAAACUGGGCCAUAGUCUCAAGAAGAUUGCAGAUAUUCUUGAGUGUGAAGCAAAGAUGGCAGAUUUUCAUGAUGAGGAAUUUCUUAAGAAUCUGAAGAGAAGCCGGGAUCUUUAUGAGAAGAAAUGGGAUGUGUGUGUUUCAUCUCGUGCCCUGCAAACUCUAAAAGAAGGAAAAUGGAACACUCCUCAACUCCUCCCUUUCACCGAGGAUGUAAAAACCAUGCAUAUGUAUCUUGAUAGGUACAGAAAAGAAUACCAAACCAGACUUGCCAGUGAUCCCAAUAAGAAGAACUGGUCAAUGCUGGCCAAUUUGACUCUUUGCGAAGUGAUACUGUUUAAUCGCAGGAGAGAGGGUGAGGUAUCAAAAAUGCCACUAACUGCAUUCACCCUGCGAGACACUUCAGGAGUCCAUUCGGAUUUGGCAGUAGGACUUUCAGAGUUUGAACAAAAACUUUGUCGCCAUUUCCAGCGCAUCGAAAUAAGAGGGAAAAGGAACAGAAAAGUUCCUAUCCUCUUAACACCAGACAUGCUGUCCUCAAUGGAAGCCUUGGUUUCACAUCGGCGGACCUGUGGUGUGUCUGAUGAAAAUCCCUUUUUCUUCUCUAGACCUGAAGCAGACACUCACCUCAGGGGAUCGGAUGCCAUCAGACAGAUUGCAAAGGAAUGUGGAGCGAAGCAUCCAGAAACACUGUCCUCAACUAAGUUGAGAAAGCAUGUGUCCACACUGUCGACAGUCCUAAACCUGAGAGACAAUGAGAUGGACAUCCUCGCAAAUUUUCUAGGCCAUGAUAUCAGAGUCCAUAGGGAGUACUAUAGACUGCCUGAAGGAACACUUGAGUUGGCUAAAGUCAGCAAAGUGCUCAUUGCUCUAGAACAAGGCCGACUGUCAGACUUCAAGGGAAUGAGCCUCGAUCAAAUCCAAAUUAAUCCCAAUGAAGAAAUGCAGGAAGAUGUGGAAAGUGAUCUUUCAGAGACGGAUGCAUCAAAGGAGUCAUCUUUCAGCUCCUCAACAUCGAGAUCCCAAAGAUCGAGAAGUCAGCCAACCACUGAUGAGUUUGAUGAAGCACCCACAGGAUCCUCAACACCUAAGAGAAGAAAGGAGACAGGAUCUGACAUUGAUGACCCUAAAGAGGGUACUUCUCACACCCACCGCACACCCUGUUUUGCCUCAGGAACUUCAACAAAGGAAAAGGAGUCUGACACUGAUGCCACUAAAAUGGGACCACCAAGAUUCAAGCAAGGACAGUGGACCACAGAUGAGCCUGAUGGUGACCACACUACCGCAGGAACAUCAAAGAAGAGGACUUGGACAUCAGCUGAGGUCCAAGCUGUGGAAAAGACACUAAUGUCCUUCAUUGAGUCUGGUAAAGUACCAGGAAAGUCAGACUGCGUUGCCUGUAUUGAGGCUUCACCGAAAGCACUUAAAAACAGAACCUGGACAGCGGUAAAGUUCUAUGUGAAAAAUCGAAUCACUGCAAUGCAGCGUAAAGCUGCAAAAAGAGUUUAACAGCCUAAUCAGCCUGUUAUUAAUUGUUCAUUUGUGCCUUGUUUGCCCCUUUGCAAUGUUUUUACGUUCUGUGCUAGACCAAUGUUUUUGGACGUCAAAAAAAAAACGUUUGGAAAGAAUGGAACUCAUCCAUUUUAAUUAGUUUUAAUUAUGUUUUGAAAAGACAUUCCCGUUCUGACAUAUCUAAAAAUGCCACCUUGCUUAUCAGGGAGUACGGUCUUAUAUAUACUUAUAUUUAUACUUGUAUAUAAUAUGAUAUAUAUAUAGAUAGAGAUAUAUAUAGAGAGAGCGAGAGAGAGAGAGAUAUAGAGAGAGAUAUAUAGAGAGAGGGAUAUAAAUAUAUGUAUGUGUGGGUAUAUAGAGAUAUAGAAAAAUAGAUAUACACAUACACUGUUUGUUGGAUGUAAGGGGACUGAAUGUUUAACUUUAAAAGGCUGAAAUAAAUGUUAUGUGAAGGCAUAAGCUCAGUUUGUCUGCCCAUUUCGUACAGUAGGUGACUUCUUUUAACCGUCAAAUGUGGUUUGGAAGAAAACAUUGCAUGUGGUGGUUUCGGUAAAAAUAUUGUUUUGUUUUCUGUUAAAGCAGAUCUGAUGCUUCAUAUCUGAUGAAAAUCAACUGACAAACAGAAUUGAUUUAAAAUUAUUUUAUUAGCAUAUGUUCAGUCAUACCAAGUAAAACACUAUACAAAAUGUUACCUUUUGCUCAACUUUUACAACAUUCCUUAAUUUCAUAAAUAGUGUUUGUGUAAUUUCAUAACUUCCUAACUAAUAUUUUAGAAUCAGAUUAAAAAAAUAAAUUAAUGAAAUGAGUAUCUGGCAGUCAGGAUGAGAUUAAUAAAGCAAUCCAUCCAUUUUCUUCCAUUUACCCAAUUCAGGGUGUCAGUCAUUAUGUUAUAUGAUAGUAAGGUUUCAUGGAUCAGUAUUAUUAACUGUAAUCUCAUAGACACAUGACUGGUCCCCAGUAUCAGUAGAUAGGUUAUGUCUGGUCCCCAUUAAAACAAAAAUUCAGGUUAAAAAUUUAUUUGAGAGUGUUUGACUUUUCAAGUCUCAACACUCUCUAGAUGAAUUUAUUAUGAAUUUAGGAGUGAAAAUCAUGUCUUUACACCCUUUGGAAAGGGUGGAUCCCAUCAGGCACCUGUCACUCAGUGGUCCCCACGAUGUAGGAAAAACA